UUAUGACCUCUCGGUCAGAGUCGCGCGAUUCGUUGAAGGACAAACCGCCAAAGGAGCGCUCGGCGAUACUAACUGAUUCAGCAGAAAAACUUGGCCCGACAGAAACACGGCGUUCUCAGUCCUUCACUCGAAGUCAGUCAUUAAAAGAUGACAUGAAUCCACUUCCAUCAAAAGGUGAAGGAUUCCGCCUUUUCGGUCGAAGAAAACAUCGUGGAUCAACGAGUAGCGCGAGCACCAAGGAAGGGGAGGAGGAUUUCACAGGCCCUAUGCGAAGGACAGGAAGUGUGGAGCUUCUCCACUCCUCUCCUACGUCCCGGCGCCCAUCCCAGUCUAACAAAAGGUCCACCAGUAAGUCUCAUGUCAGAAGCGGCAGUACCGGGCAGGAACUUGGUAGUUUCGAAAAGCGGCAAUCUCAAGGUCGAAUAAAAAGUCCAGAAUCAAUGAAUUCAUGGCCGAAUGGACGGAAGGAUUCGCAUCCAUCACUAGGGACUGACACCUCAGGAUCGGAGGUAUUUCGACCAAGGCAAGACACCUCAGGAUCAGAGGUAUUUCGAUCAAGAGGUCUUUCCGAACGCGCCUUCGUUCCGAAGCUCCCGGCCGCGAGCAGAGGUUCUUUUGCAAGUGCAAAGUCAGUGGGAUAUCUAUCUGUAUCUGAGAAGGUCGUGGGAUCUUUCCUCUUCCUCCGAUUUUUUGUGCCAGCAAUCACGGCCCCGGAUACUUACGGUCUAGUUGAAGGCAAAAUCUCACCUUCCGCACGCCGUGGUCUCGUACUAUGUGGCAAGAUUUUGACAGCCAUGUGCAAUGAUGUGGAUUUUGGCAACAAAGAGCAGUAUCUUAUGGCCUUGAAUCACUUUCUACGAGAAAAUCGUGAAAAGAUCAAAGAUUUCCUGACAUUUGCAUCGUUGGAUGAGAAAUUUGACCAGGACGAGAGCGCCCGGGAUGUGCUGGAAGACGUAGAAGUAACCAGAUCAGGACACUUAUUGUCAUCGAACGCCACUUCCACAAAUAUCAACAAAGCACUCUCCCGAUCAAUGCCAUCACUAAAAGGUCCCGAGAGCCCCCGCUCCGCAAACCUAAAAUACCCCCGAACACUCUCGGGGGACCUAGUAGAUACAGCAAACUUUUACAUCUAUCUGGGCAAAUCCCUUCCCAAGAUUGAACGCGAACUGGAAGAGCAAUUAUGUUACCUCACACCAGAAGAGAGCGCGGGGGUGUUGCCCAACUUCUUUGAGCUCAAACGAGUGGUGGAACAAAGUGGGUACGCUGACAGCGUACAAAGUGAAAGAGGGAAGAGCAAAAGCCAGACGCUUUUUGCGCGGCUGUCAGCAAAGUGGGGCUUGAAGGGGUUCUUUCAAGCCGCCAAUAAUAAAACACGAAGCCAUUCGCUAGAUGACCUAGCCAUUAGCGCUAGUGCGGAAGCGCGCAUACCGUCGUCACGCAUUGCCGUUCAAUCAUUCAACGACCCACCGCUCCCCCCAAUGUCACCCCCAAAGCUCGCGCGGAAUGUGUUAAUGCAUCGAGACAGUGCAUCAGGACGAGACUGGACCUGAAGAAGUUUUGCAGCGGCAGAUAUGGAUUCAACGUGAAAUAUUGAUUUUUUUUUUUGGAUGUUGGCGUUUAUUAGUUUAAUCUUGGACAUGCCCGGUUGGGGUAAUAGAGGGAAUUGUGGGAUUGUAUAGUACUAUAGUGUGUUUCUUGUCUUUUAU